AAAAAAACAUCCACAAGAUUGCAAUAUAUCAGUAUAGCAAAAUCAAUGUAUUCAUGAAAGAACUACAGAAGUACAGUUAUACACGUACAAUAACAACGUGCGGUAGUUUUAACAACGGUAUACUGUACUCCUUGUCUAUAGCUCUCUCAAGCGAAGAACGCUGCGUGUGUGUUCUCCUGAAUCUGACUGCGGAACAUUUCUCAACAUCAGAGGAAGAUGUCCUCUUUCAAGCUCCUGGGGAGACAAAUUCACUCGAUUAUACUGAGAAGUGAGAUGUGGGCUUCUCAUCCACUGUAUUUGUAUGGACACAGCACAGGUUUCAGGUAAGAUUUGACAUCUUGUCCACGGCCAGCGUUUAUAUAGUCAGUCUGAGACACGAGUCUAACAUCUUCAGCUGGAGAGAGAAUUACAUUUGUCAGUGUAGCAUGAACAGAUCCUGUUAGUCCCAUGGUCAAUAACAAACACUUCUUUUUUUGUUUUGUAUAAUUAACAGUUGAACCAAGUCAAAACUUGCUGUCAAAUGUAUAAAAGCUUUAGGUGUGAAAGUAAUAUUACUGCAUAUUACUGUUAACUUUAACGGACAGAAUAUGAUGAUGAUGAUGAUGAUGAUAAAAACUUACAGUAAGUGAUCUCUGAUAUUAUUCUGUUUUUGUCUGAGCCUAGUCUUUGGUCAUGCAAAGUAUAUUAAAACUGUAACCACCAUAAAUGAUGGAAUCAUUGAUGAAUGACUGAUCUCUACUUCAUAGCUAAACUUCCAGGGCUCAGACUGCCCUUGAAACGGUUGCAUUUGCGACCAUAAACAUUCAUUUGCAAGUGAUAUUUUUGACAAUAUACUGUAAACAAUAUGAACAUACACGUUAUGACUGUAAAUCAGUUUUUACGCUAAUUACGCAUCUGCUAAUAAAACAGCAGCUCACAGAGACAGAGGAUCAUAGGUAUCAGUCAGUACAAGUGCAAAAAGACUUAAUGGACUUGCGAGUUUUAUGAUCAUGACAUGAGACACAUCAAAUGUCAAAACCUGAAAACAUAGUGAAAUUAAUGGUUGAAAUCACACUUUGAAGCUUAUUAUCUCAAUUCAAUUUUGAGACUUCAGCCUAGUUUUCACAGACUGGGCCACAAAUACACAGACAGCUAACACAGACGUGACGUGUAUCGCCAAAUAUCCCCCAAAGUUCAAGACAUGGUUAUGACCCAUUAGAAAAAUACAUUCAGCUCACGGAUGACGUCACAAGUACAGUGUUAUAGUGCUGUUUCUGAGUAUGUAUAGGGUUAGGUUAGUGUACGCAAUACAAAAGCAGCGCAAUAAUUCAGGCAAAUAAUACUAAAGAGGUUUUAAGAAUAAAUACGGGGAGAGGGGGAGGGACUCCGGCUGUUGCUAGGCAACCGCCAAACUUCAACGCGUUCACAUCGCGAGGGCGAGUUCAUCAGGAUUAAUAUCGCUUAAACCUCACAUCUGUUGGACUAACUACGGAUACACAAGCGUUUAUAUCAAAUAAAUGUUUCGCGUCACUGACAGCUUAGCAAGAAACGAGAAAGCAGAAAGCUGUAGAAUAAAGAAAUCAGAUUGUUUUCGAGGAAUGAGCGCGGCUCGGACAGUUGAGGGCGCGGGACGUGUCACCUGGUGGGGUUUCGGACCAGCACGAGCCCUGCUGAGCUCAGAUGUACACACAGUGAGGUCACGUGGAGAGUUCAAUAUUCUGCUGGUGGGCAGUGGAGACCCCAGACACAUCCUGAAGACGAUCAGUGGAAUCCCAGAGAGUGACGUGAUACAUGUUUGGGUGAUUGAGAACAGCACGGAAGUUGUUGCCAGACAGUUACUUCUGAUCUACCCGUCACUUCUGAGCCCCGAGACCAUCAGUCUGCACAAGAAGACAGAAGUGUUUCUGGAGAUCUUUGGGAACUGUGAGAUUCGCAGCGAGACGGAUGAGUUUCUCAAACACGCGUCAGCUGAACUCUCUCAGUCCAUCACAAACACACCUGUGUCCUGUGACUCACACACACAUCCCUGUCUUGACACGAGUCUUCUGAAGUUUAAGGAGAGAGAUGAUUUGGUCCAGAUCUUUAAGUCGUGGGAACGACCUCCUUCUGUGCCAGCGAGUGCACGUCAGGUUUGGGACGCCCGUGUUCGGCAGCACCUGGGAACUCGAUAUGAUUCACGUCAGGGCUGUUUCGACUGGGAUCUCACCAUGAAACUGCACCAGAGAGGAUGUGGUGUCAUUAACAAACAUCAGUAUGUCAAGUGGAGAGAAAGUGGUGUGGCCUUUGAGAUGAGGGAGGGGAUUUAUCAAACAGCCAAUCAGAGUCUGCUCUCCACACGCGUGUUCAAUCAUAGAGGAAACAGGGUGGCAGUUCGAGGAUAUUGGGGUGAUAUUGUCUCCAGUCCAUAUCUGGCCUUUGGCAUAGAGACCGACGACAAAGACCUGCUGAAGAAACACAACAAUCAACAUGUAAAGACUGCCCAGGAUAUCUCUGAAGUGAAUGUCCUGGCGUUGUUUGAAUGUCUUGCCAAUAGAGGGCGCUGUCCUCCAAGUAAAGAUGCUCCCAGCCCCUCCAGUACCUGUAACCCACCCACAGACGACCCCAAAACACCCGAGGAAACACAAAGAAAUGACACCAGCUCUCAAACUCACACAAAACCGGCAGAAGAGACAUCACAUUCAUUCGCUUUAAUGGAUAUAAAAGGGGUAAAAAUCUCAUUUCUGUCUCCAGACUCUCUCAGCAAACUUCCUCUCAAAGACAGAUACAAGAACCUGUUUAACACCAUCUACUGUUCAGCCAGUAUGGUUCAUCAGAUAGAGUCAUCUCUGAGACACAUCGCUGCUCCUGACGCUGUUCUGGUAAUCGAGCUGGCCACCUACCUGUUGGACCUCUCUAAAGAGCAGGUGUCAGGUUUUGCUGAGAGAGUGAAGGAGAUCGCUGAAGAAUCGGGUUUUACACCCAAACGAAGCCAGAGCGAUGACGUGUAUUCAACAUUCACACUGAAACAGGACUGAACACAAACUGGUGUCAGAACAAAUGUACUGUCGACUACAUCGUGAAUGAAAAAUGAUCCCAAAUGGAGAUUUGUUUAAAUGUAACACAUUAACAAACAUAUAUAAAUGUAUAUUAAUGCAAUAUAUGUACCGUUUUAAGUGUUGCCAAUUCUUUUCUUUUUGUCAAUAUUAAACAAAAAAAAACUGUACUGGUUUUAAAGAGUUGUACUGUGGGAAACAACAUCCAAACACUCGGGUAAGGUGGAAGAAGGCGAAAUAAACCAAGAAAAGCAAA